GUAUCUCCUUAUAUUACUAAGGGUGACCAUGACCUUGUCCUGUCCCAGCUUCCCAAGUAGUUGGAAUGCAGGCAUGUACCACAUACCCAGCUAUAUGUCCCUUUUUAAAUAUUUUUAUUUUCCACCACAGUCUGACCUUGCUGCUGCUUUGGAUUUAGCUGUUGUAGUAGAUUUCUGUUUCUGUAAUCUUUACCUCUAGGCCCAGAAUCUUUGAAGUUUGACUCUUUUUCUUCCAUCCUAUGAAAGGUUUUAGGAAUUCAUUGACUUUCAUUGCUCAGAAUUGUUUCUGGGAAGUAGUUGUGCAAAGGUGAACAAAAUGCCAUGAAAUUUCCUAUUUUUGGUGUAUUUUUUCCUUAGCUUAUCAUUUACUUCUUACUAGAGAUCUUUAUAGAUUUCCCACAGAUCCACUUUAGUCAUUAUACUAUUGCUUAUUUGGUGUUUCUACUAGGGAAACCAGGUCCUUUAGUCUUCAAGUCUCCGAGUUCUGACUUUCUUCUUAGUUUUUAGAAUUAUAGCUUUUAACUAUACCUGAUUUUACUAAAAACAGACCAGCAUGGACAAGAGCAGAGUAUGGUAUCAAGGAUGGUAGGGUGUUCCUUUACUAUUAAGAAUAAUCUCUUUGUGAUCUACAUGAUCUUCUAUUUCUUUAUUUUUCCGUAAGAUCAUUAGAACCUUUUUAGGUGUUGUCAAAGCACUUGGCAUAUUUCAAGAGAAAAGAAUAAAUAUUGAUAUACCUUAUUAGAUUGGGCUGAGGUGUUUGGUGUAUUUCUGUGGUUCCCUAAGGAGACGUCCAGAAUUUUUCUUUGCUACUCUGAAUCGGUGGGUAUAUUGUUUUAGGCAUAAAUGUUGUAGAAACUUGCCGUUCUCCUUUUUUAUGCUCACAGGACCCAUCUGUAAUGCUCUAAGAACCUAAGGAGAUAGGGGGAAUAUUUCUUUUCCAAGAAGAUUUUGUAAGUGCAAGUUUAAAUUUAGAAUUAGACAAAAAGAAAAAACAAAAAACAGUUAUGUCACGAUUAGAUGGUAAUGCUAAUAGGAUCGAUUUAAGAUUUAUGAUUUCUUUUAUUUUCAUUUUGCAGUUUAAUUGGUUGGGGUCAAAUAAGAAGAGGAGUGACUAUCAAGCCAACAAUACAUGAUGAAUGAAGAAUAACAGUUAUUAUUUAACUGUUUAACAUAUUAUUUAUGUUUUGAUGAAACCAGAAUUUUCUAAACAACCUAGGGGUACAUUUUAAAGCAAAAACUAGGAAAUUUAUUUCACAUCUCAUUACUUUAGAAGCUGUCAGGUUAUUUUCAUUUUUGUUAGGAAAUCUUAAUAUAUGCCACUUAAAUAGCAGGGUCUCUAAUAAAAUAUAAAAAUUGGCAUGUAAAUGGACUUAAUCUAUAUUUUAGUAGAAGUUGAUUACUGCCAAUCAUUUUCAGAUUUAUAUGUCAAUGCAGCUUUGAAAUGAAAUUGGGUAGUACAGCCAGGUUUUGCUGUGUCACAUAUGAGUAAAUUUGCUUGAAAUAAAGUUUUUCUUCUUAAUUUCUCAUGAUUCAUGUUUGAGUAUUGCCAGGAUUCAAGGACCAGUAGAAAUUUAAAAAGAUGUGUUCUUGAACACUGGCUCUAUUUUUACCUCCAUAAGAGUGGCUCAAAUAAAAAAAAAAUUUUUGAGCCUGAUAUCUGAUUUACAUUGGCCAAGCUUUCUGGAAGUCUGCUUUCAGGGAGCUGAUGACAGCUUUAUUCAUCUUGUUUCUUGAUGCCCUCAGUUUUUUCCUUUUUUAUUACUACUAAUCCCCAACAGUUCUUCCCUGUUGGAAAUACUAUUACACAAAAUACUUCUAAAUAAGUUCAUGUUUAACCUUAGUAUAAUGUCAUAAUCUUAUUAAAUUGAUAUGCUUAGAAUGUUUCUGCUAGCAAUAAGGAAGUAGGGUUUUUUGUUGUUUUUUUUUCCACAUAACCAUUUAAAAUUAAUGAAAUUGGGGGAAAAAGCCAUUAGAAGGCAAAAUAUUGAUAUUUUUAAAUAAGCAGUAUUACAAGUGCUUUGUUAAUUCCAUUUUUAAACCUAAAAAUUCAUUGGUUAUCCAACUAGUCAGUAAUAACUGUUUAGAAAACUUGUGAUUGUGAUAUUAUAGAUUUAAUGGGUUAUAGGAAUAUUUUAUAAUAUUGAUUAUAUUGUGAAAAAUCUUAAGGAUGACAGACAAAUGCAUUCAGACCUUUGAUUUCAGAGGCUUCACGGCCACAAGAGUUCUUCUAUAAAAUUCAUAGUAAGAAUUCUUUUCUUUUAAUAUGAACAUGGUGGUGCAAGACUAUCCCAGCAACUCAGUAGGCUGUAACAGAAUGAUCACAAGUUUGAGAUGGUUGUCUCAAAAUAAAAAAAUAAAAUAAAAAAGGGCUGGAACAUACAUAGCUCAGUGGUGGAAGGCCUCUGGUUUCAGUUUUCUGUACUAACACAAACACACACAGAAAAUGCUUAUAAUUGGAUCACUUUAUGUACACUUAUAUCAAAGCCUCAUUUUACACCACAAAUACUAUUUUCACUUAUUAAUUAUACUUUAAUAAAAAAAACUCAUGUAAUCCAGUCUUUCCCAGAAAAUACUCUGUCUGCUGUUAAGUGAAUACUUACUUUUUAUGGUUGGCACGAUUUUGAGUUACUUAUGUAUAGUGAUUUGUCUAAAAGACCCCGCAGGUUUAUUUCCUACAUUUUACAUUGAAGAAAUUGAAGCCAAAUUAGAUAGGAAGUUUGCCUCACCUCAUUAGUAAGAAAACUAUUGUUCAAACCUCAGCAAUCACCUUCAACCAUAAAGUUAACAUUUUUCCAGUGUUGGCUGUAUUGGUUUAUAUCUAAAUAGUGAGUUUUGUACUUCUUAAAAGCUUUUCAUUCCUUUUUUUCUGUGGUUUUUAUUAUUGAGAGUAUUCCUUUAUGACGGGGGUGUGGUGUUGUUUUUUCUUUGGUGGGGGGUGUCUUAGUCUUUACAUAUGUUGAGGCUGUAAAAAUAAAUUGACAAAAUAUGUCUUUAUGAAAUAAAUAUCCAAUAUUAAUGUUUUGGGUUACUAUUAGCUUACUGCUGUGAAUGUAUCUACACUAGCACAAUUUUAGUUAGCAUUUCCCUGGCACAUAUGUAUAUUUUUUUCAUUCUUUGGCCUUUUUACAGUCAGUUUUACAUACCAUCUAUUAUAUCAUUUCAGGCUUCUAUUUCUGCAGAAGAUAAGAGAAAAUAUACAUUCAUAUGUGCCUGUAAUAUAAUGGAUAAAAGAGUAUUUUACGAAGUUUUGUUGUAGCAUAACAGGGGAGUAGCCUGUGAUGUAUUAUUGGUUCUUUGCCAGCAAUAUGCCUACAGAUUUGCUACCACAUUUUAUACUAUAUUUUACGUAGUACUUGGACUACAAUAAAAUCAUUUUUCCCCAAUAUAUUAAUUACUUAAUUUUUACUUGUUCUUUUUAGAUUACAGUAAACUGGAGAUGAACAGGUAGAGCCUUUAAAAAUAUUCUUUCCUCUAUAUCUAAUAACAAAUGGUUUUUAUAUAGAACUUAAUUCUGGAGUUUGUUAUAUAGCUCAGUGUUAGAGUGCCCUAGUUUCUAUCGCCAGUACUGGAACAGCAGCAACAAAAAUAUAAAAACUCAUAGAAUUGAAGUUUAUGGGGUACUAGAGAAUAAAAUUAUUCUCUGAUUUACUUAUGACUAGAUAGCAUUCCAAGUCUUAAGGAAUGAUGUUGUUUGGAAGGAAGUGAUUUUAAAAUAUGGGCAUAUUUUUAAAUAUAUUUAUUCCUUUUGCAAAUGUAAAAACUUGCUUUGGAAUAUAAUUCCUCUUUUGUCAUUAGUGACCAGCUUCUGGUGUAGGAAUAACCAGUGUUUAAGGCUGAGGUGGAAGGAAGCAAGGCAGCUGAAGCUAACAGGAGCUGGGACUAAUGAGCAUUAAAGGCCAUGGAUGAAGAUGAAUUUGAAUUGCAACCCCAAGAACCAAACUCAUUUUUUGAUGGAAUAGGAACUGAUUCUACACACAUGGAUGGUGAUCAAAUUGUUGUGGAAGUACAAGAAACUGUUUUUGUUUCUAAUUCAGACAUAACUGUGCAUAACUUUGUUCCCGAUGUACAAGACUCUGUUGUAAUUCAAGAUGUCAUUGAAGAUGUUGUUAUAGAGGAUGUUCAGUGCUCAGAUAUUUUAGAGGAAGCUGAUGUAUCUGACAGUGUCAUCAUUCCUGAGCAAGUACUUGAUUCAGAUGUAACCGGAGAAGUUUCUUUAGCACAUUGCACAGUUCCAAAUGAUGUUUUACCAUCUGACAUUACUUCAACCUCAAUGUCCAUGCCAGAACACGUCUUGACAAGUGAAUCUAUACACAUGUCCAAUGUUGGACACGUUGAACAUGUGGUUCAUGAUAGUGAGGUGGAAGCAGAAAUUGUCACUGAUCCUCUGACGACUAACUUAGUUUCAGAAGUAUUAGUAGCAGAUUGUGCCUCUGAAGCAGUCAUAGAUGCCAAUGGAAUUCCUGUGGACCACCAGGAUGAUGACAAAAGCAACUGUGAGGAUUACCUUAUGAUUUCCUUGGAUGAUGCUGGCAAAAUAGAACAUAAUGGUUCCACUGCUGUGAAUACCAGUGCAGAGUCAGAUAUUGAUUCUUGUAAAGUAGAAGGCACUUGCCCUGAAGUCAUCAAGGUAUACAUUUUUAAAGCUGACCCUGGUGAGGAUGACUUAGGUGGAACAGUAGACAUUGUGGAGAGUGAGCCUGAAAACGAUCAUGGAGUUGAACUUCUUGAUCAGAACAGCACUAUUCGUGUUCCUAGGGAAAAGAUGGUUUAUAUGACUGUCAAUGACUCCCAACAAGAAGAUGAAGAUUUAAAUGUUGCUGAGAUCACUGAUGAGGUUUAUAUGGAAGUGAUUGUAGGAGAAGAAGAUGCUGCUGUUACAGCAGCAGCUGCUGCUGUGCAUGAACAGCAGAUAGAUGACAGUGAAAUGAAAGCCUUCAUGCCAAUUGCAUGGGCAGCAGCUUAUGGUAAUAAUUCUGAUGGAAUUGAAAACCGGAAUGGCACAGCAAGUGCCCUCUUGCACAUAGAUGAGUCUGCUGGCCUUAGCAGACUAGCUAAACAAAAACCAAAGAAAAGGAGAAGACCUGAUUCCAAGCAGUACCAAACAGCAAUAAUUAUUGGUCCUGAUGGACAUCCCUUGACUGUCUACCCUUGCAUGAUUUGUGGGAAGAAGUUUAAAUCAAGAGGUUUUUUGAAAAGACACAUGAAAAACCAUCCUGAACACAUUGCCAAGAAGAAGUAUUGCUGUACUGACUGUGAUUACACUACCAACAAAAAGAUAAGUUUACAUAAUCACUUGGAAAGCCACAAAUUGACCAGCAAGGUAGAGAAAGUCAUUGAGUGUGAUGAGUGUGGAAAGCAUUUCUCUCACACUGGGGCUUUGUUUACUCACAAAAUGGUGCAUAAGGAAAAAGGAAACAACAAAAUGCAUAAGUGUAAAUUCUGUGAAUAUGAGACAGCUGAACAAGGGUUAUUGAACCGUCAUCUUUUGGCAGUCCACAGCAAGAGUUUUCCUCAUAUUUGUGUGGAAUGCGGUAAAGGUUUUCGUCACCCAUCAGAGCUCAAAAAACAUAUGCGGAUUCAUACUGGGGAGAAACCAUACCAAUGCCAAUAUUGUGAAUAUAGAUCUGCAGACUCUUCUAACUUAAAAACGCACGUAAAAACUAAACAUAGUAAAGAGAUGCCGUUCAAGUGUGAUAUUUGUCUUCUGACUUUCUCAGAUACCAAAGAGGUGCAGCAACAUGCUCUUAUCCAUCAAGAAAGCAAAACACACCAAUGUUUGCAUUGUGACCACAAGAGUUCAAAUUCAAGUGAUUUGAAGCGACACAUAAUUUCAGUUCACACAAAGGACUAUCCCCAUAAGUGUGACAUGUGUGAUAAAGGCUUUCACAGGCCUUCAGAACUCAAGAAACAUGUGGCUGCCCACAAGGGUAAAAAAAUGCACCAGUGUAGACAUUGUGACUUUAAAAUUGCAGAUCCAUUUGUACUAAGUCGCCAUAUUCUGUCAGUUCAUACAAAGGACCUUCCAUUUAGGUGUAAGAGAUGUAGAAAGGGAUUUAGGCAACAGAAUGAGCUUAAAAAGCAUAUGAAGACACACAGUGGCCGGAAAGUCUAUCAGUGUGAGUACUGUGAGUAUAGCACUACGGAUGCCUCAGGCUUUAAACGACAUGUUAUUUCCAUUCAUACAAAAGACUAUCCUCAUCGUUGUGAGUACUGCAAGAAAGGUUUCCGAAGACCUUCGGAAAAGAACCAGCACAUAAUGCGACAUCACAAAGAAGUUAGCCUGUCCUAAUAAGUUCACGGACUUUGUACAGAUGUUGGUCUUGUAACAGGAAAACCAUUUUAAAGUCUAUCAUUCUUGUUCUCAUACAAUACCGUAUACAUUGAUUUAUGCUAUGUACAAACAUGAUUUUUGCUUCUAUUUUUCCUUGCAUUUUAUUCAUUAGAGUGUUCUGAAUUCUAUUCAGUUUAUUUAAUAAAUGAGGAAAGGUGGCAACAAUCAAGUUGCUUUUUAAAAAGUGAUCCUUAAUUUUAUACUGAUUUUCAGUAUUCAAAUAUUUACUGUUCAUUUGUUUACCUUAUUUACUGUGAAGGUACUCUGCUAAGACAAAAUAAUUUAAGAUGGUAACUCUAAAUGUAAUAGUCAUUUUGACUCAUUGGUUUUCACACAUAUUUUUCACAUUAGAGACAUCUGUUGAUGAAAGUGGGAGAUUCUAUUCUAUUAUCCUUUCUUAGUGUGAUAUGGAAAUCAUUUCAGAUUACUUGACAAUGAAACAUUUUAUUUGAGCUGCUAGCAUUGCUGAUUGUGGAACACUGAUUUAGGUUUGUUUAAUUUUUAUUUUGCUUAGUAGGCAGAAAGUGCUUCCCAAGAAACCUUUGACCUUUUUUUUCCAUAAUGUUUAUAUCUUUUUUGCAGCAUAAAGAAGUUUUGGAAAAAAUCUUACAAAAGAAUUUUACAUAGCCUUGUUAACUUGUUUUUCUUCUUGCUAUUUUGUUUUGAAAUGGUCAUGUUCUACAAAUGAGACUUGGUGCAGCCUGAAUUGUGCAGUAUUUUAGAGGUAAAUUGUGGCCCUUACAAUUUUUUGCAACUUGGUGUAUAAUGUACCCUAAAUUUUAGAUACGUAUUGCUUUUAUGCAAAAAUUCCCAAAUUUACAUCUGUGAUGAAAACUGCUAAAUUUAUAAUAACAUGAAAGAUUUAGGGAUGUAUUGAGAUCAUUUUUAAAUCUUGCUAUUCAGAGAAACUAAAUUUGGUUAAAGAAUUAGAAGGGAAAAAUAAGAACAUUAGUAAAAGUGAAGGUAUUUAUUUAACUUCAGUAAUCAAAAAAUGGAAGUUAAGGUUUUUUUAGAUAGAGUAUUUUCAAAGUUUAAAUUUCAGACUUAAAUUUUUUCUCAAAGGUUAAUCCAGAUAUAUGUAUUUUAGUUUUUUUCUCACAAUCCCUUGAGGGAACUAUCUUUGCAAGGAAAGUAGGACCAAGAGGAAGUAGUGUAAGAGAAUGCUGAUUACAACUUAAGAGUUUGCAAGUUCCUCCUGCUUUUUUAUUUCUUGGUUGGCCAUCUUGAAGAUUUAUAAUAUAUGUUGACUUCAAUGACUAGAAGAUAAAAAGUAUUUUAAGUAUAUAUUGAAAAUCUGUUGCCUUGCGAUAUCACCAGUUCUUUCAGGUUUGGUUUUUAGUUGAUACAUUUUUUUGGCAGUCAGUGACAUUUAUGCACAUGUGUAAUAAUUAAUUCUGUUAAUUAGAAUUUGGUUAAUAUGAAUUUUGAAGAACAAAAGUAGUAUGUAGGUUCCUUAAAUCAGCUGUUGACACAUUAGUGGCACCUUGUGGAAGACGAGAAGAAAUUUUCCCCAUUUGAUAAGCUGCCUCCUGGCUUCAUUAUGGUGUUUCAUUCCAUUGUUACUUUCUGGAUGUAACUUUCACCUUUCUUUGUCAUUCUCACAUUCAGAAAUUACAUCUAUCGGAUUAUAAAUGUUUGUUGUUUCAAAUUCUUUAGUCCCCUAAGAAUUUAAGCUUAAUGCCAGCUGAAGCCAUGAAAUGGAUUUUGAAAUCUCUUAUGCCUUCUUUCUUCUCUACAUAUAGUUCCACUCAAUUUUAGUGUUAGCCAUUAUACUGGUUUUGAAAACCCUAUUUUUUGGGGUAUGUGAGAAUCUUAACCUUUUAAAUCUCCUUUGAAUUUGACUUUCCUGAAAUAAUAUAAAAGGAAAUAUUUAAAUGAAAAUUUAAACUUAGGAAUUUAAAAACUUUCAUAAAAAAUUAAUACAGAUAACUAGGUUAUUUAUGUUUUUUAAAUAAACUGAAAGAUAAAGAACGCAACAUUUUACAUCAUAUUUCUCAUAUAAUCUGGAGUCGUACAUAGUUUUGUUUUUUAAAACACAAUGUUGAAACCUUUAAAAGGUAAUAAUACUUUGUUCACGUGAAUAUGAUAAAAUAUAUUUGUAUGAAGAAAACAUGAAAUUGUACUUACUGUUAUAUAUUGUUAUUAGUUACAGGCUGGUUUUAAUUCUUAAAUUUGAUUAGCAAAGCUAAAAAAGUUGAUGUUUCAGUUAAAUGUUCUAAAAUGGCACAAAGUUUUACAACAACAUAAGUUAUUGUUUCAUAAAAUUGCCUAUUAAAAAUUAUUAUAUGUCUUCCUCAGUACACAUUGUAAAAUACUUAAGAAAUUCAUCAAAAGAAAAUGUGACAAUAUUGUAAAUGUGUACUUGAAAAUAACAAGCAAAUAAAAAGGAGAAUAUUUUCUUGUUAAUAAA